AUGGGGUCGAAUGGGGACAGACCUACACAAUAUGUCAUGAACACAUGGAACUCCUUGCCUAUGGAGCUCCGGUUCAUGAUUUUCGAAUAUCUUGCUGCCUGCGGCCCAGGUCACCUGUCAGCCUGUGCCGCAGUCUGUAAAGAAUGGCAGGAGUUGAUCGAGAGACGAAAUUUCUGUCAACUAAAGCUCCGAUCAACUUGCGUCGAAGGCUUAACAACAAUGGUUACCGACCGGACCCGACCUCUUGUACAACAUAUCUGGCUUCAUGUCGCAAUCCCCCCAUACACCUGUUUAAUUUGCUACCGGCAAGAAUCCCGAUCAGCCUGGGUGCGCAACAACCGCAUGAUCAAGGGCGCAGUAUUGAAGCUUUUUGCUAUACUGCAAACUUGGGACUCGACCGACGGAAUCACUCUGGAGCUCAGCACUAAUUCACCUAGUGACCCGGAGCACUGGUUCAAGAACUAUUGCUUCGGAGACGGGAGUCAAGGGGCAAGGAACUGCGGUCAUUCGGAUCAUGGAUGGUCUAAUGGAACACGCCUAAGCUUUCCCAGUGCUCGACCAUUAGACCGCUUAUUCGAAACCAUCGACUUGACCUCUCGGCUACGACUGCUCAGGGUGGACAUCAUCACAAGGCUCGUUAUACGGCGACAACUCCGACGACGACUCACGCCUUCGAGUUUGCGGAUGUUGCUGGACAAGCUUCCGCGACUGGAGCGCCUGAUCUUUGAACCAUGGCGUUGGUGGGAUCCGGAAUUACGACAAGCAUACGACGGAGGUGAGGGCGUCUUCAGGUUACAUGAUGCUCUCAUGGCUAACAAGAGCAUAGAAUACAGACAGAUACUUCAAGCUGGUCUCCCGAGUACACUCAAAAGGCUAUCAAUAUUCGAAGACUUUGACGAAAUACACAUGCAAGCGAUACAAAGAAGCAUAUGGCCACCUUUACGUCUCGGACUAGCCAGAAUCGGAUUCCCUCAACUUGCUUCAACAGUAGCAAGACAGAGUCUACACCUCACGCAUCUCUCGGUAUCCUUCCUAAUCGAGGCUUUCCACUUCAUUCGACCCCACCAACGAUUCUGGGAGUGGGAGCAUCUGGAAUUCGUCUCUUUAACCUCGGAGCUUUUACGACCUGGAAGAGACAACAUCAUGAUAUGGACUUUUUUGUUUUUCGCCGCUCUUGUUGCAUCAAGGAUGCCCCGACUUAAAGAGAUGAUUCUCUGGAACGGAGGAAAGGGGCAUGCGUGUGUGUUCAGGUACCGCCGGGAAAAAGGAGCAGUAACAGUACGAAGUACCUGGGGCUUGAUACUUCAUCAUACUGUUGAAACCAUUUGGUCAAAGGUUCUCUUCUGGCACACAGGAUCCGCCCUUCACUUCGAUGUUCGAACAAUCAGUGGCGCUACGAUACUCUGUCACGGCGAUGCAAUCCAUGAACUUGGAUUGCCUUCUGAAGUUAUUGAUGCUAUAUCAGUAUCACAGAUGCGUCGAGAAGCAAGGAUGGUGUAA